AAAACAGAAUGAAACAUUGCACAUCUCUCCCAAGCAAGAAGACUGACACAAAUUGGACUGAUGAUGAAAAAGGAUCCUACAGGGACAAGAGAAUAGCUCAAAGUCAAGAAACACUGCAGUAUCUGCUCCCUGUCGUGGAAAGCACUAGAACUGUGCCACCUCCUCAGUUAAAACAGCUCCUCAACCCAGGACCCAACAUCCCAACCCAACAUCAACUAAGGUCAGCCACUUGCAUAAAUAUGAAGAGAUACAGCACGUCCUGGACGCCACCAAGAAAUCCUACUUUUAUAUGCCAAAGGCACCUGCUAGCCGAGCCUCCAGAGUGGCUCCCCUCCGUGCCCCAGAGGUCGCAGGAAGAUCUGUCACCUCUUAAAGGCCUCAAGAGGAGGAAAAAGCAGUCUCCGUUCUGGGACACAAGGAUUGAAGACUUGAAAGCGCUCCGCGGCAGAUGGGAGACCGUGCCCUCGAGUUCCGACAUGGAGGCCAAUGUUAUAAAAGACAAGACUCUUCAAGCCGCCGCGUGCAGCCAGCCGAGCGCGAAGCCAACGGCGCCCCCUCUGACCAGAAGGAAGCAGGAGCAACCGGAGAAGGGGGACGGACGCCCCGCCUUCCUCCCGCAUUCCCAAAGGGACGCGUGACGCAGCUUCGUGCUGCUCCAACACGGUGCGUGCAGGCCAGACCCCAGUGCCGACAUGGCCGAGAGCGGCAAGAGCGAAGCCCUUCCCUGUUCCUCCCUCUGCAUACGCCGGCGUGUGUGCUGCACUAGCAAGUCCACGUAGCCCCUCUUCUUUGGUGGAGAUGUGUUUCCAGAGAUUUGAAAAGAAACUCAAAUAGAGGCCAUUUUAAAACACUGAAAUAGUUAUAUUUAAUUUUUGUCAACAUAAAAAAAUCUGAACUUUUUAUUUCUUAUGACUUAUUCAUACAACAUCAAAAAAAAAAAAAAGAAAAACUAAGAAAUCAAAGAAGAUUGAUAUUUACUAUCAGUAAUUUUAACUGCCCUGCUAGAUGCUUCAGUGAAUUUAAUGAAUCGGUGGACAGAAGUCACUUCCUACAUUUAUGUUACAUUGGUGCACUAGGAACCACAUUAUUAUCAUGUAAUUAUACGUGUAAAACGUACAUGACUAAAAUGAUUGCAGAGUAAGUGCGUGGCAUGGCAAAGUGCUAAGUUGUGCGUCUCCAAUAAUUAGCGACAGUACCACAUAUUAGAAGUUGCUAAUUGCACAGAGCUGAAAUGCGUAUGUCGUGAUUUAAGGAAGCACUUGACUUCCCCGGGGUUGGCAACGGUGUGAGAGUCGACGCACACUUUCCCUGAAGGCUGUGCGCACACCUCUGUGGACGUCUGUCCGUGUGGCCCUGCCGUGGGCCCAGCACCGCUCCGUCUGUCAUUCAUAAAGCAGUGAGCGCUUCGAGGCUUUCCGGAGGACAUGCAGAGGAACAGGUGGGACGAGCAGCUGAAGUUCAGAGGACCGUGGUGGGGAAGCACUCGGUGUGGGACCCGGGACAGCGUGAGGUUAGGCGGAGUGAGGGUCGGCAAGCCGAGGCUCGUCAAAGGUGCAAGGUGGAACUCGGCAGGUCUGAGCUCCGGUGAUUGUAUUAGGGACUCCCGACUACGGUGAAAUACCAGAGGCAGCUGCCUUUAGAGACAGGAAGGUUUGUGUAGCUCCCAGUUCUGGAGGGUCCAGUGCGUGGUGAUGGGGAGGGUGGCGGUGCGUGAGUGGACCGCAGCGUGUAUUGGCGCUGACAUCAUGCUGGAACAAGAGCUGUCAAAUUCAGCUUGCCUUGCACAGAUCAGCGCAACAGCCUCAACUCGGGAAAUCUUGGUUUGCAGUUUAGUGAAAUAUCAUUUGAACCCUCAUUGUCAGAGCAUUUGGGAUUGUGAAGUCAGAAUCAGUUAUCUUUGGGACUCCUAGGACAAAAUGAUCAACCAGUUUCUUGGAAGAUUGAAGGAUACAGAGAUACUGCCUAAACCAGCUCACCUAGGUUUCGCCCAUAAUUGCUGGUCCUGUAUCUUAACCAUUUGGUGUCAAUACCUUACAAGAUCCUUCACUUAGGUAGGAGGACACGUGUAGGCGUCUUCCCCACGCUGCUGGUUGUGCUGCAGUUUCUGUGAGCACGUCGUUCUCUUUCGUAAAAACCAUCCAUCCUGCUCGGCGUCCUCUCUAUCAGUCCACCUGGCAGGUCCCUACUUCUCCUUUAAGAGUCGCCUAUGAAGAUCUUCCCUAGAUGUGCCCCACCUCCCAAGAAUUUAAAAUCAUAAUGAUUGAUAUGCUGAGAGUUCCAAUGAGAAAAACCGACAAUACGCAACCACAGAUUGGAAAUACCAGCAGAGACGGAAACAAACAGCGGAAAUGCUAGAGAACUGAAGCACUAACAGAAUGAAUGAUGGACUCACCAGCAGACUGGACACAACCGAGGGAGGAAUCCGUAAGCCUGAAGAAACUUAAGCCGCAAAGAAAAAUACAGAAUAUCUGAGAACUGUGAGACAAUUGCAAAAGGUGUAUCAGGUGUGCUGGGCCAGCCUUGUGUUAUUACAACAGAAUACCAGAGGCAGCUAAAGAGAAAAGGCUUAUCGCAGAGCUUGGGAGGUUCAAGGGCAUGGCACCUGCAUUGGCUCAGCUCUCGGGAAGGCCCUCCUGAUUGCAGUCAAAUCAUGACAUGGAUGCCUGUGUAUAAAAGAGCUUACAUCACCCAAUAAGGCUUGAGAGAGACACAGAUUACAAAGGGAUGGAGAAAGAUGCAGCAUACUAGCACCCCCCCCCAAAAAAAAAAAAAGCUGCAACGCCUCUAUUUCAGACAGAGCAGGGACCCGCGUUCUGGCACAGUUCAUCAAGCUGCCACCCGCCGUGCCAGCGUCCCAUAAUCAAAGCACCAGUUCAAGUCCCAGCUGUUCCGCUUCCAAUCCAACUCCCUGCUAAUGCACUGGGUGCUGGUUCCUGGCUUUGGCUUGGCCCGGCCCCCUGUUGUAGCCAUUAAAAAAAAAAAAAACUUUCAUUUUAUUCAUUUUGAAAAGUAGAGUAACAGAGAGAGAGAGAUCUUUCAUCCUCUGGUUCACUCCCCAAAUGGCGACAAUGGCCAGGGCUGGGCCAGGCCAAAGCCAGGAGCCUGGAAUGCCAUCUUGGGCUCCUACAUGGGUGCAGGGGCCCAAGCACUUGGACCAUCUUCCGCUGCUUUCCCAGGCACAUUAGCAGGGAGCUGGAUCAGACGUGGAUCAGCUGGGACUCGAACUGGUGGCCAUAAGGGAUGCCGGCACUGCCGACAGCAGCUUAACCCACUGCACACAGCACAGGCCCCGAAUACAUCUUUUCAAAACAGACAAAAAGCAGACCUCGGCACGAGGGAAAUUAUCAGAGAUGAAGAGGGGUAAAUUCUCAAAGAAGAUCCAACAUUCCUUAAUGGAUAUGCAUCUAACGACAGCCUCAAAAUGUGUGCGGCAAACGCUGGAAAACAGAGGCUCAGAGCAUCCUGAUUUCUAAUUAGAUUCUUGUCCACACAGAGAGAAGAAUCCUAAGCGGGGAUAUCGUAGGGAACACAAGUGACAACAAGAGUUAUGUAGCAGUGAGGGAGAAAACAGGGUCACCCGGGAGUGUGCCCUCCCAUACACACACACAGAGAAACACCCAUCCUGAGUAGGCUGGAGAAGACACAUGAAUAGCACCCCUUACCCGUGCUCCGUGGUGAAAGGGGCCUCUGUUGUUGUUGUUGUUGUUGUUGUUGUUAUUAUUAUUAUUAUUCUCAGUCUCUUUUAUGAGGCAGGGGCGGUGCCUUAGCAUGGGGGAAGCCGUCUGGGAAUUUCACGGCACCUCCACGCAGUUUAUGGAGAUCCCGCCCUCUCCCCUCCUUGGUUCCCCAUCAGGCCCAGGGGCAUCUUGGGAAGGUGGGCAUGUCUGACUGACAGAUAGCACCCUAUUGUGGGGCUUGCCAGGACUGCAGCUCAGGUAGGCUUAACCAGCUGCCUGCCUAUUCACACCCUGUCCAAUCCACUAUUGUGUCUGGAGACCUCAGCAGGCUUCUAGCAGUGAUUGACAGAUCCAAGGAUAAGUCACACCUCCAGAGGAUUUCACCCAGUACAGCAGAGACACACAUGCUUGUACAUGCUUGAACAUACAGAGAACAUGCAGCAGAAUAAGACACAUGAUAGGCCAGGAAACCACCUUACUAAGUUUUUUUCAAAUGCAAAGUAGUUUUAAAGUAUCAAACAAUACUAUCAAACGUAAACUGUACUGCGAGUGCAGCACAGAGUGCUCCAAUUAGUCCAGGGUCAAGGGCGACCCCCCCCCCCCCCGGGGGGAGCAGGGGACUGGGCCUGUGGGUGGCCUCACGGGAGGCUCAGAGCAUGCAUUGUCUUUGGAGAGGUGCCCUGCCCUUUGGUUGCCGGGACACUCCCUGGGGAUUCCGCCCUGCACUGUCUCCGGCUGGGCUUCCUCCCGGGCUUCCUCCCAGACUUCCUGGUUCAUCAAGGUUGCUGCUUUUGUGCUGAGCUUCCAGUUAGCACCUGCUGUGCCCGCCCAACAUGAACGCAGGUUCGAGUCCCCGCUGCACUACGUCCACUCCAGAUCCCUGCUAACGAGGCUGGGAAAGCAGCAGAAGAUGGCCCGGGUGCUUGGGCCCCUGCACCCACGUGGGAGACCUGGAUGGAGUCCUGGUCCUUGGCUUUGGCUUGGCCCAGCCCCAGCUGUUGCAGCUGUCUGGGGGAAUGAAUCGGUAGAUGGAAAGAGAGAGGGAGACAGAGAAAGAGAGAGACAAAAGAGAGAGGGGGAGAAGAAGAGGAAGAGAGAGAGGAGAGAGAGAGAGAGGGAGAGAGAUUUGUGCAGGUGUGUCUCCCUCUAACUCUGCCUUUCAAAUAAUCUUAAAAAAAUAAAUAAAUAAAGACUGCCUCUUCACUCGCCUCAGCUGAGUUCCAGCACCUGAAAGCGAUUUGAAAUAAACCUAAAGGCUGCUCCAGGGCCUGGUCACAGCCUUACCCAGCGCCUGCGCGUGCUGGGGGUUGCACAUGCCCCGUUCUCCGGGGGGCGGGGGGCAGUGGUCAGCUCAGGCUGCGGAGCAUCUAAGAAGCUCUGCCGACCCUCGGGUCAGCGGGGUGGGCAGCGGCGUCUGCGAGUCCGUCAUCUCCGACUCUCAGGUAAGCCUCAGUGGUCGGGGCAGAGAGCCCGGUCCAGGCUGCACAGGGUCCCCGGCUGCUGCCACGAGGAAUCCAUUUUCCCGCCUUCCUUAUUAAAUGUAAGGAGUAGGAGUCCUGGGAGCUGUGCUCCCGACAGCAGUGGAAUCAAUAACAUGUAAGUGUGGCUGGGGAAUCCUCAGAUUCUUGGAGAUCAAAGGAAACAUGGAUCAAAGAAGUCUUUGGAAAUUAAAAUAUAUUUCAAAUUGGCUAAAAGUGGAAAUACAACUGAUUGAGGUUUGUGGGAUAUAGUGAAAGCAGUGUGUACUAGAAAAUUUAUUUUAAUGGGUUAUCAGAAAAGAUUAUCUAAAACCAGUACUGUAAGAAGUUUCAACAUUAAGAGAAAAAAAUAAGCCCAAAGUAUACAGAACAAAAAAUAAAAUUAGAGCAGAAAUCAUGAAAUUGAAAAUAGGAAAUCAUUGGAGAAAUGAAACAAAAAGCUCUUUUGGAAAAGAUAAUACAAUUUAUUUACUUCUAACAAUGUUAACUUUUUUAAAAAAAUAUUUUAUUUAUUUGAGAAGUAAAGUUACAGACAGAGAGAGAGAGAGAAAGAGAGGUCUUCCAUC